GAAGAGUUCAAAAGGACAUUCGUCUGCAUAUAGUAAUUUAGAAAUGAUUGAUGCACCACCUAUUGGAAUAUAGACCGAUGAUACGUUUCAUACCCUAGGAAUUAUAGGGAAAUUGCGUGUAAAGUAUUGAACAGCGUGGAGGUCGGUAAUCAAGAUCGAAGAAGUCUCGGGCAACGAUGGGAUCAUCUCUGGUAAACGUUGCAGCUAUUCGAUGGGAUAAGCUCGAAAGACGCUUUUGCAACAUCACGAUGUUCUAUCGUCGCUCAUAAGAGGCCGCAUUCGCCACGUUACUUUUAAUUUCAUUCUCGUAGACCAUCUCGUCGAUCACAGUGUGCCGUCUGGCGUUCCGCGAAGCUGCGCCAAGCGAAUACUUUGUAUCCGCUUAGACGCUAACUAACCUCACUUUUGCGAAAAUCAUGUACUCGAGGAAAGAAACGAAGAAAGAAUUCUUAAAUCAUUUCGAGUCUCGACGACACGCUGUGCUUGUCGCGUGCGAAUUAGAAUUCCCGAAGAUAACGGUUCCGAAAAUUCGAACCAUUUGUCGAAGGAAAGGACGAGGGAGGAAGGGUAGAAAAAAAUUUACCUGCGACCAAAUUGGAACCAAGGGACGUUCAUUGGUCGAUGGCGCGUACCUGCGGCGAACGCGCAGUAGCGCGCAAGUAUACGUGUAUCCUUUCCCGCACGCCCCUUCCUUGGGAAAGGACGAAGCGACCCGUCUGGUUCCCGUUACGGCAGACAUCGGUUGUGGCUCGCGAAGGAAAGGUGGCACAGCGGAGAAAAAUCAGCGCGUAAACAGUCGAAAUAGUGCGAUCGCCAGUGAUCGUCAGUCUAUCGCUAGCUCCCGUCGCGGAAAGUGGACGCGUUCCAGGUAGAUAACUAUAGUGUGCGUGUCGCCUUUGUUCAACGCGCAUGGUCCGUCGCGAAGAACCACCCUGCUCCUUCUAAUUACUUUAAUCACCGAGAGGCGAGCCUAUUCGACGCGUGUGCCCUCCGUGCUCCGUGUUCGCCGAGAGACGCGAGAUCCAAAGUGCACGGAUUCGUAGAAUCGUCCAACGAAGAUGGCGGCGUGAAUCUCUAUCGGCGAUUGGACUCGUCGAUCGUUCCGCGACGUUGGAUCACACGGAUACCGUUCGCGAUCGUCGCAACGUAAAUAUCUAGACGCGUCGGUACCCGAUAUCUCGUGGAAAGCAUUCGAAGAACGCAGUGAUGCUGGUCUAGUAUCGCGACACGGUCGGUAACGCGCGCGAACCAACGCAAAAAGGUCCGUUAACCCCGUUUUUUCGUACCUUACCCCGUUGGAAAUCGAGAAAGUGUGUACGACGACGUUAGUUGAACGUCGCCCGUCGUUCCCGAAUCCCGCUGAGUUACGACGGUAACGAGAAAUCGGGACACACGAGGGCCGAUGAACUAGAACGAAGCGACGGAUACGAUCGUCGAAGUCGAACGGAGCGCGCUGGACACGGUCACGCACGAAUGGAGGGUGACCGUCUAAAAAGUUGUCGCGGAUUCCCGAGCGAAUGGCUACGACGGUAGUGGACGCCGGUUAACGCUCGACGAACGAAGCACAGCGGUCGGAUUAAUUUUUUUGUGGGGAACGAUCGCGAUACACACGAGGAAUUCUGGUUCGCUGGGAACGAAGGAAUAUACGCGAAACGUAAGGAGCGAAAGGCGGCGAGGAACGCGGGAGAAACAGAGAGGGAUAUGAAAAUCGGCGGAUCGCGCGUCGAGUCGGACGUAGUCGAAUGAGAGCUAGCAAGAGAAGAGGGCUUGUCCGGAUGGGAGUAACAGCGGUUGCCGGAUCGUCGGUUUCUGCGGAGUGUUCGAGGUCGCGGCAACGAGAAGAAAGACAUCAGUGUUCGAGAUCGAGCGACGAAGCAUGGGAACGACCACCGGGAGGUUCGGUGGUAUGGAGAUGAGACACUCGCGGAGCGAGGAUCUGCUCGGCGUGAUAUCCGGCUCGCGUUCCCCGAGUCCAAGCGUGCCUUUGCCGAGCACCGCCUCCGAGGACGACCUGAUAGCGGCCAGCGCCCUCCACGAGGCCGCCGACUCCAAACCACCGCCGUGUCGCUUGUUGUCCUCCAGGGUCGUGGGACCCCCAGGUGUCCCGGCGGAUCGCAUCGAUCCCGAGGAUUCCAUCAGAGACAUCGUCACCGAGAAUGAUCUUUACAGGUUCGUGUUGUUCAAGCGCCACUACGACAAAUACAUCGCCCUGUCCGCCAAGUACGAAGAAGCCAAGGGUAUCGCGUAUUACCUGGAGGAACGUUAUCACGAAGUCAAGGCCGAGAGAGACAAAUUGGAGGAGAAUCGACGUAUCCUGGAGAAACGGCUGGAAGGAUGCGAGGCAGAGCUACGCGGCAAGGAGGACGAGCUCUUUCUCCAACUGGAACGAAGCCUCCGGCUGGAGGAGGAGGUGGAAAGGGCUAAAACCGACCGAGACAGCUGCGUGGCAGCGCGGGAUCGUCUAGACAGGCAACGCGAGGUGGCUUUGCGUCGUCUGCAGAUGCAACUGGCGCAAAACGAGAUUACAAGGCAGACUCUGGAACGGGCUCGGCAGGAUGUCGUCAGACAAGCUACUGUUAUCCGUGCCGAGCGCGAUGCUCUUGAAAGAGAGAACGAAGUGCUGAAGGAGAAGCUACGGGUGGAGCAGGGCGAGCUGGGCGAAGAAAGACGCAGGCGAGAGGAAGGUGUCGCGGCCCUGACACGAGAAACGAUCACGUUGAGACACGCCGCGCGACAUCUCCGCGCGGCAACGCUUCAUGCCACGUCUUGCCGUCGUCGUCGACGAUGUUCCGUUUGUUUGUACGCGAGACGCACGUUUGCGGAGGUCGACGAUUAUCGCGACGACGGUAAUAUAUUCAAGUGCCUUCAAGCACCGCUGCAGGACCUGCGUACUUGGUUGCGACCCAGCGCAACGCCUGCGACAUCGUCAACGCGCGCGCAGAGGACCAAUUCGCCUUUAGCCGAUCGAGAAAUAAGCUUCAUCGACGACUCCAGCGUGGACAGUAGCGCCGGUGGGAGCAACGGCAGCAGCAGCAGUACGACCAGCAGUAACAGUGCCUCGGACGACGAAGCAUAUCCGAGCACCCCUGUCGCCGAAAUCUCGCUUUCGUCGGCCAACUCCAGCGCUCCACCUACAGCCAGAGCCUUUUCUUCCGAUUCAGGGUUCUCUUCGGAAAUCGGAGACCGAAGAUCGCGAUGCUACGAAAACGGAGGUAGCAGCACCAGCAGCAGCAGCGGCAAGAGCAGAAAGAUCAGCGAGUCGCUCAGUUGCAGCGAGCCGGACGAACAAAGCACAGCAGGAUUCAGUCGUUCGAGAUGGACCUCGUCGUUUCGCAAAUUACUCGGACGGAAACCGAAAGCCAAAUCCACGCCUGAUCGCCCGUCGUAAAGAAGGCGAAGACUGAGAAACGCGUUAACGAAUCGUGCACGAAUACACGUAGUGCGAAAUCACCGUGAAAUUUAGUGCCCCACAUUUAUCCUUUCGGCCUCGUCGUUGAUCCGUCGAAAUUGUAUUCGCUUUAAUCCGUGAAACAUUCCAUAUGAAUAUUCUCGAGAGUUAGAAACCAACGCGAUACUGCCAACGUAUCGAUAUUAACGGGAUCGCGGAAAUACCUUCCUGAGAACUUGUUAACGACCACAGGUUUCAAGCUACACUCGGUAGAAACUUUUAUCCUCGCAGGAGAUCGUCGCGAUCACUUAUCAAUAGUUUACUUGCUCGUAUGUAAUGCACUUUGGCUGAAUUGUCGACCGUUAAGACUCGCGACGUUACGUAGGAAUUGAAUUUUAAACGAUUAUUAGCGCCAACGAUCGAUCAAAUUGAAUCGAGUGCGUACAAUGUUAGUUACGGGAAAAAAAGUAUGUUAAAAUAAUAUGAAAGUUCGAUCAUGAAUUUUUAAACGACUUGUUUUCAAUUGGAUCAGAAAAUAACGUUAUUAUUCAUGACGUGGUUUAGGUUGUUGUCUUUGUACUGUUAUUGUUAGGGUGACUGUUGUCUUAUUAGCCAAAGAACAUAGUACUUUUAUAUGCGAACGAACGUUUAAACGUAACCGAUCGGUCGCGAUUCGAUUCUUUAGAUAGAUCCGUAGAACUACGAAUGUUGAACGUUGCAAUCCUUUCUAGCGUCGUGUGAAAUUUUGAAAAUUUUGAAAAUUUGUCCAUAGCAAAGUAUUAUUAGAAAACUUAAAUUAUGUUUUAAAAUGAGAUAAUGUUAACUCGAGUAACCCGAGUUUCUCCUAAAAGUUGUUGCGUAAUGUAACGUACGCAUAAUAGGAAAAUGUCAUUCGAUUAAUCUCGAAAUUGAAGAACGUUGCAUAUACGAUUUAAAAUUGUAUUAAAAGAAAUUUAAACGUAUAUUAAUCUGUAUUUAUUCAACCGAUUAUGUAUGGUCGAUGGCCAAUCACGUUGAACACGUGACAAUUUCGCAUUCAGGGUAAUAAUAAAUUUAUACUAUGUCCAUGAAAAAUCUUAUUUCACAAUCGCGGUAAUUAUUAAACCAAUAUUUUGGUUGAGACUUAUUACCGGUUUUCUUUAUAAUUUAUGUUCACGAAAAUUCAUCACAUUUUAUACGCAUAUUUAUAUUUCAUUUAUGAUUUCCCUAUAGCAGUUUUUAUAAAUUUAUAGAACAAACUAUAAAAACGAACGACUAUGUGGAUAUUAUGUUAAGGUAAUACAAAAAUCGUGGAAGUUUUUGACAAAUAAAACAACGAAUGUAGAAGAAAUAC